AUGGAAUCGGUGGAUGUAGAAGGGAUGCCCGUCCGUUCUACUGACGGACAGGAACAACUGAAACCGUCACUCCACGGAAGGAGGGCAUAUUGUACGCAUCACGUUUCUGCCUGCAGUACCACAAUGGCAGGAUUAGAGUUUGGAGAUAUCGUGGAGAGAGCUGUUCGACUGUUGCGUUAUGCAUUGUCAUACUGGUCCUUCACGCGAUGUUAUGGUUAUACCGUUUCUCUUUCAGGCUUAUAUUUCCACAUACUAGGUGAAGGCGUUGUCCGACUUUCCGAUAGAGGAAGUUCCAACUACAAUGACAAAGAAAACUAUAUUGAUUUCAAAAUGAGAAUGUUAGGAGAAGGUCCGCCAGUGGGAGGAGGAGGACGAGUGAUGAUUUUGUCACCAGGAGUUCAUACAUUUCCAUUCAAGCUGGGUCUACCCUUGGGUCUUCCUUCGACAUUUUUGGCAAAACAUGGUUGGGUGCAGUACUAUUGCAAGGCCGAACUGAAAGAAGCAUGUGGCCUCACCCAUAAGAAUCAGCAGGUCUUCAUAGUGAUGAACCCCAUCGACCUCAAUUUAGAACCAUCUCUUCUUAUGCAACCAUUUCAUUGCGAAAUCGAAGAGAAAGUAGGAAUACCUUGUCUGACUUCCGGGACAAUUCUCUGUCGCAUUAGGCUUGACAGAGGGGGAUAUGUUCCAGGAGAAAAUAUCUGCAUAUAUGCUGCCAUUGAAAACAGUAGUAAAGUGACAAUAAAGAGGACUCGAGCGAUACUUUCUGAGACUAUUCAAUACACUGCAAAGAAUAAGUUAGUCCAUACCGAAAGCCGGGAGCUGGCCUCUCUGCAAAAAGGACGCAUUGCAAGCGGUUCUGGGGACCAGUGGCAAAAUGCGCUUUUACAUAUUCCGCCUUUGCCUCCAACCAACCUCAGAGGCUGUCAUCUGAUUCGAAUACAGUAUGAUGUUUACUUUAUUAUUGAACCAAAAGGUCUGGAUCGACCUAUCAAACUUCAGCUGCCAAUUAUGAUAGCAACAUAUCCCGCUCGAAACAAGGACGGAACGCUCAAGAGAAGAGGUCGGUUACCAGCAUAUCCUGCACAUCUACCAGUCUUCAGAUCCUAGCAAAAUGAAAAAUGUCCCCAUUUUUGCCAUACUUUGCCACUGUAAAGGAAUUUUCUGCUGUAUAUUAGACAGUCGAAGUUAUGCAUAUUUCGCCAAUAUCUCUGUUAUUAUGAACGAUUUAUAGAUUUUAAUUUAAGAGAAGAUGUUAAGAUUAUUAUUAUUAAUAACAACAGAGGAAAAAUAAAAGAGAAUUUCUAUAUUUAUCAGCAUACUAAUGUUAUGUUGUAGUAUAAUAAAAAUUCUAGAAAUAAAAGUCAGUUGCUGUGUACAUCAGUAUAAAAUAAAUACAAAUAAAAGUACAUUUUUUAAUUUGAA